AAACAAGAUGGCGGCUGAAGGCGAUCCGGAGCGGGGCCCCAGCAAUUCGGAUUGAGCCUUCUCCCUCCACCCGCUUCCGCCGGCCGGGCCCCUCCCGCCCGGCCCCGCAGGCCUCCCCGCCCGGCCCCGGCAACCCCCACCGCCGCCCCUCCGCCCGCCCCUCCCCCCUCCGCUUUCCCUUCUCCCCCCGCCUCGGCUCCGACAUGAGGGGCCGGCGGGGCAGGCCGCCCAAGCAGCCCGCGGCUCCCGCUGCGGAGCGCUGCGCCCCGGCCCCGGCCCCGCCGCCGCCGCCGCCGCCCACGUCCGGACCCAUCGGGGGGCUCCGCUCGCGCCACCGCGGCAGCAGCCGGGGCAGGUGGGCCGCCGCCCAGGCUGAGGUGGCGCCCAAGACGCGGCUGAGCUCGCCCAGGGGGGGCAGCAGUAGCCGGAGGAAGCCGCCGCCGCCGCCGCCGCCGCCGCCGCCGGCCCCCCCCAGCACCAGCGCCCCGGGCCGGGGGGGGCGAGGAGGCGGGGGCGGCAGGGCGGGGGGCGGGGGCGGCGGCGGCCACCUGGCCCGGACCACCACGGCCCGGAGGGCCGUCAACAAAGUGGUGUACGAUGACCACGAGAGCGAAGAGGAGGAGGAGGAGGAGGAGGACAUGGUCUCCGAGGAGGAGGAGGAGGACGACGGCGACGCCGAGGAGACCCAGGAUUCCGAGGACGACGAGGAAGAUGAGAUGGAGGAGGACGACGAUGACUCCGAUUAUCCGGAGGAGAUGGAAGACGACGACGACGACGCCAGUUACUGCACGGAAAGCAGCUUCAGGAGCCAUAGCACCUAUAGCAGCACUCCAGGUAGGCGAAAACCAAGAGUACAUCGGCCUCGUUCUCCAAUAUUGGAAGAAAAAGACAUCCCACCCCUUGAAUUUCCCAAGUCCUCUGAGGAUUUAAUGGUGCCUAACGAGCAUAUAAUGAAUGUUAUUGCCAUUUAUGAGGUACUGCGGAACUUUGGCACGGUUUUAAGGUUGUCUCCUUUUCGAUUUGAGGACUUCUGUGCUGCUCUGGUGAGUCAAGAGCAGUGCACACUUAUGGCGGAGAUGCACGUCGUGCUUUUGAAGGCAGUUUUGCGCGAAGAAGACACUUCCAAUACCACCUUUGGACCUGCUGAUCUGAAAGAUAGCGUGAACUCCACGCUGUAUUUCAUCGACGGCAUGACGUGGCCGGAGGUGCUGCGGGUGUACUGUGAGAGUGACAAGGAGUACCACCACGUUCUUCCUUACCAGGAAGCAGAGGACUACCCUUAUGGACCAGUGGAGAACAAGAUCAAAGUUCUGCAGUUCCUAGUCGAUCAGUUUCUUACCACAAAUAUCGCCCGUGAGGAAUUGAUGUCCGAAGGGGUGAUCCAGUACGACGACCACUGUCGGGUGUGUCACAAACUCGGGGAUUUGCUUUGCUGUGAGACCUGCUCAGCAGUGUACCAUUUGGAAUGUGUGAAGCCACCUCUCGAGGAGGUGCCAGAGGAUGAAUGGCAGUGUGAAGUCUGUGUGGCACACAAGGUGCCCGGUGUGACUGACUGCGUUGCUGAAAUCCAAAAAAACAAACCAUAUAUUCGGCAUGAGCCUAUUGGAUACGACAGAAGUCGGAGGAAAUACUGGUUCUUAAACCGAAGACUCAUAAUAGAAGAAGAUACAGAGAAUGAAAAUGAAAAGAAAAUUUGGUACUACAGCACAAAGGUCCAGCUUGCAGAAUUAAUUGACUGUUUGGACAAAGAUUACUGGGAAGCAGAACUCUGCAAAAUUCUAGAAGAAAUGCGUGAGGAAAUCCACCGGCACAUGGACAUAACUGAAGACCUGACCAAUAAGGCUCGGGGCAGUAACAAAUCCUUUCUGGCGGCAGCUAAUGAAGAAAUUUUGGAAUCCAUAAGAGAAAAGGGAGACAUUGACAUUGUUAAAAGCCCAGAAGAAAUUGAAAAGGACAAGAAUGAAACUGAGCAUAAUAACUCCAAAGAUGCCGACAAAAGUGGAGAGGAGUUUGAAGACCAGCUCCUUGAAAAAGACAGUGAUGACAAAGCACCAGAUGAUGAUCCUGAGCCUGGAAAAUCUGAGGAGCCAACAGAAGUUGGGGAUAAAGGUAACUCUGUGUCAGCAAAUCUUGGCGACAACACAACAAAUGCUUCUUCAGAAGAGACUAGUCCCUCUGAAGGGAGGAGUCCCGUGGGGUGUCUCUCAGAAACCCACGAUAGCAGCAACAUGGCAGAGAAGAAGGUGGCAUCUGAGCUCCCCCAGGAUGUGCCAGAAGAACCUAACAAGACAUGUGACAGCAGUAACACUAGUGCUACCACUACCUCCAUCCAGCCUAAUCUGGAAAACAGUAACAGCAGCAGUGAGCUAAAUUCUUCCCAGAGUGAUUCUGCUAAGGCAGCUGAUGAUCCUGAAAAUGGAGAAAGAGAGUCUCAUACACCUGUCUCUAUUCAAGAAGAGAUAGGUGAUUUCAAAUCAGAGAAGUCUAAUGGGGAAAUAAAUGAGUCCCCUGGAGGUGGAAGAGGAGCGUCUGGUUCAACUCGAAUUAUCACCAGGUUACGGAAUCCAGACAGCAAACUUAGCCAGCUGAAGAGCCAACAGGUGGCAGCCGCGGCCCAUGAAGCAAAUAAGUUAUUUAAGGAGGGGAAAGAGGUGCUGGUAGUGAACUCUCAAGGAGAAGUUUCGCGCUUGAGCACCAAAAAGGAAGUGGUCAUGAAAGGGAAUAUCAACAACUAUUUUAAGUUGGGUCAAGAGGGGAAGUAUCGCGUCUACCACAAUCAAUACUCCACCAAUUCAUUUGCUUUGAAUAAGCACCAGCACAGAGAAGACCAUGAUAAGAGAAGGCAUCUUGCACAUAAGUUCUGUCUGACCCCGGCUGGGGAGUUCAAAUGGAACGGUUCUGUCCACGGGUCCAAGGUUCUUACCAUAUCUACUCUGAGACUGACUAUCACCCAGUUGGAAAACAAUAUCCCUUCCUCUUUUCUUCAUCCCAAUUGGGCUUCACACAGAGCAAAUUGGAUCAAGGCUGUUCAGAUGUGUAGCAAACCCAGAGAAUUCGCAUUGGCUUUAGCUAUUUUGGAGUGUGCAGUUAAGCCGGUUGUGAUGCUGCCAAUAUGGCGAGAAUCUUUAGGACAUACCAGGUUACACAGGAUGACAUCAAUUGAAAGAGAAGAAAAGGAGAAAGUCAAAAAAAAGGAGAAAAAACAAGAAGAGGAAGAAACAAUGCAACAAGCUACAUGGGUAAAAUAUACAUUUCCAGUUAAGCAUCAGGUUUGGAAACAAAAAGGAGAGGAAUACAGAGUAACAGGAUAUGGUGGUUGGAGCUGGAUUAGCAAAACUCACGUUUAUAGGUUUGUUCCUAAAUUGCCAGGCAAUACUAAUGUGAAUUACAGGAAGUCAUUAGAUGGAACUAAAAAUAAUAUGGAUGAAAAUAUGGAUGAAUCAGAUAGAAGAAAAAGUCCACGAAGUCCAAAAAAAAUGAAAACAGAGCCUGAUUCUGAGAAAAGAGAGGUAAAAGAUUCAGAUGCUGCAAAAGGAGCAGACCAAAGUGAAAUGGACAUUUCAAAGAUUACUGAGAAGAAGGACCAAGAUAUAAAAGAAGUUUUAGAUUCUGACAAUGAUAAAUCCUUUAAGGAAGAGCCAAUGGAAAUAGAUGAUGAUGUGAAAACAGAGUCACGUAUAAAUUGUCAGGAAAGUUCUCAAGUGGAUGUGGUCAAUGUCAGUGAGGGUUUUCAUCUAAGGACUAGUUAUAAAAAGAAAAUCAAAUCAUCUAAACUAGAUGGACUUCUUGAAAGGAGAAUCAAACAGUUUACACUGGAAGAAAAACAACGCCACGACAAAAUGAAGUUGGAGGGUGGAAUUAAGGGUGUGGGGAAGACUUCUCCGAGUUCUUUGAAAAAUCUGUCUGAGUUACCAGUAAUAACAAAAGCAAAAGAAGGGUGUCAGAGUGACUUGCUCAGACAAGAACAAAGCUCGAAGGCAAGUAACGAUAAAUCCGAUGGCUUGAUUCGGGGAUGUUCACAAAGUGAUGCCUCAGCUCUUAGAAUCAGUGAUCCUGAUCACACAGCAAACAAACUCUACCCAAAAGACCAAAUGUUAGGUGACGUUUCCAUUCAGAGCACAGAGACAAACGGCCAGAAACCACAUUCUGCUCGAAGUGACGUAGAUGAGAGUCUCUCCGAACCUGCCAGGAGAGGCCAGGAACCUAGUAAGAGUAAGCCAAAAGGAGGUGAUUUUCUCCUUGAUGACUCUAAAUUAGCCAGUGCAGAUGAAAUUGGUACUUUGAUCUAUAAGAACAAAAAACCACUCACACAGGAGGAUAAUGACAGCCUUGUUUCUCCUUCCCAGAGCCCUUUACUUCCAUCGGUACCUAAGAGUACCGAUGACAGAGAUACCCCAUCUCUGUCAAAAGCAAUAGACUUUGAAGGAAAGCUGGGAUGUGACUCUGAAUAUAAUAGCACUUUGGAAAAUAGUUCUGAUACUAUGUCUAUUCAAGACAGCAGUGAAGAAGAUAUGAUUGUUCAGAACAGCAAUGAAAGUAUUUCUGAACAGUUAAUAACUCAAGAACAAGGUGUGGAAGGCUUAGAACCAUUGAAACGUGACUUUGGUUCAGAUAAGUCCACUGGAAACUGUGACAACAGGCUGCAGGGCAGGGUAAAUGAAGCAAAUGGUAAAAAACCAAGUCAAGAUCAGAAAUUAGAGGAGAGACCCGCUAAUAAAUGUAUUGAUCAGACAAAUCUGAAAAGUGUCACUGACAAAAAGAAUAAUGAAAACCGAGAGUCUGAAAAGAAAGGACAGAAAGCAAGUACCUUUCAAAUAAAUGGAAAGGAUAAUAAACCUAUAGCGUAUUUGAAAGGUGAACGCUUGAAAGAGAUCUCUGAGAGUAAAGUAGGAAGUGGUGACGUUGAACCAAAGGUUAAUAAUAUAAAUAAAAUAAUUCCUGAGAAUGAUAUUAAGCCUUUGACUGUUAAAGAAUCUGCUGUAAAGCCAUUCAUGAAUGGCGAUGUCAUCAUGGAAGAUUUUAAUGAGAAGAACAACGUGGAACCAAAAUCACGUUUACUGAGAUCUUCAGAUGCUGAAGGCGACUAUCAGGAUAGCCCCGAGUCCCUGCCAUCAGCCAGGGGCUCUGAGAGCGCACAAGCCACCACGCCUCCGCCCUCCCGUCCAGAAAGCAGUUCAGCCAGUCAGGUGGAAGAUAUGGAAAUUGAAACCUCGGAAGUUAAGAAAGUUACGUCGUCGCCUCUUACUUCUGGAGAAGAGUCUAACCUCAGUAACGAUUUUAUUGAUGAAAACGGCCUGCCCACCAACAAAGAUGAAAAUGCCAGUGGAGAAUCUAAAAGAAAAACAGUCAUCACAGAAGUCACCACCAGGACCUCCACAGUGGCCACAGAGUCAAAAACCGUAAUUAAGGUAGCCAAAGGCGAUAAGCAGACUGUGGUUUCUUCCACAGAAAAUUGUGCCAAGUCCACGGUCACAACCACCACCACAACGGUGACAAAGCUGUCCACGCCCUCGUCAGGCAGCAGUGUGGACAUCAUCUCUGUGAAGGAGCAGAGCAGAACUGUUGUCACCACAACAGUGACAGACUCACUGACCACCGCAGGAGGCACUCUGGUGACGUCUAUGACUGUGAGCAAAGAAUAUUCCACCAGAGACAAAGUGAAACUCAUGAAAUUUUCAAGACCCAAGAAGACUCGUUCAGGUACAGCUCUGCCCUCAUACAGAAAAUUUAUCACCAAGAGCAGCAAGAAGAGCAUAUUUGUUUUGCCUAAUGAUGACUUAAAAAAGUUGGCCAGAAAAGCAGGAAUCCGAGAAGUCCCUUAUUUUAAUUACAAUGCAAAACCUGCCUUGGACAUAUGGCCGUAUCCUUCUCCUAGACCAACCUUUGGUAUCACCUGGAGGUAUAGACUUCAGACCGUGAAGUCCUUAGCUGGAGUGAGCCUCAUGUUGCGGUUGCUCUGGGCGAGUCUGCGAUGGGAUGACAUGGCAGCCAAGGCUCCUCCAGGAGGAGGGACCACACGGACAGAAACAUCUGAAACUGAAAUCACAACAACAGAAAUAAUUAAGAGGCGAGAUGUUGGUCCUUAUGGCAUUCGAUCUGAAUAUUGUAUCAGGAAAAUAAUUUGCCCCAUUGGCGUUCCAGAAGCACCAAAAGAAACACCUACACCUCAGAGAAAAGGCCUUCGAUCGAGUGCAUUGCGGCCGAAGAGACCAGAAACACCCAAGCAAACUGGCCCUGUCAUUAUUGAAACCUGGGUAGCAGAGGAAGAGUUGGAAUUAUGGGAGAUCAGGGCGUUUGCUGAGAGAGUGGAGAAAGAAAAGGCACAAGCAGUUGAGCAACAGGCUAAGAAACGGUUGGAACAACAGAAGCCUACAGUAAUUGCAGCUUCUACUACUUCCCCAGCCAACAGUACAACUAGUACCAUCUCUCCAGCCCCGAAAGUAAUGGUGGCCCCCAUAAGUGGCUCGGUUACACCUGGAACUAAAAUGGUACUCACUACUAAAGUUGGGUCUCCAGCCGCAGUGACAUUCCAGCAGAACAAGAACUUCCAUCAGACCUUUGCUACCUGGGUUAAGCAAGGCCAGUCAAAUUCAGGCGUCGUGCAAGUUCAGCAGAAAGUCCUGGGCAUCAUUCCAUCAAGUACAGGAACAAGUCAACAGACUUUCACUUCAUUCCAGCCCAGGACAGCGACAGUCACAAUCAGGCCCAAUACCUCAGUCUCUGGAGGAACCACAAGCACUUCACAAGUAAUCGCAGGGCCUCAGAUCCGCCCUGGUAUGACGGUGAUCAGAACACCGCUCCAGCAGUCAACGCUAGGAAAGGCAAUUAUCCGAACACCUGUGAUGGUACAGCCAGGUGCUCCUCAGCAGGUGGUGACGCAGAUCAUCAGAGGGCAGCCUGUUUCCACAGCCGUCUCUGCCCCUAGUACGGUUUCCUCAACACCCGCGCCGAAAGGAUUGCCUUCAGCAACGUCCACUCCAAAUCUCCAGCCUUCAACCACCCAGUCCCCUCGCCCCCAACAAGGACAGGUGAAGCUGACCAUGGCUCAGCUCACUCAGUUGACACAGGGCCACGGUGGCAAUCAAGGUUUGACAGUAGUGAUUCAAGGACAAGGUCAGACUACCGGACAGCUGCAGUUGAUACCUCAAGGGGUGACAAUACUUCCAGGUCCAGGACAGCAGCUGAUGCAAGCUGCCAUGCCGAAUGGUACCGUCCAGCGAUUCCUCUUUACCCCCCUGGCAACAACAGCCACGACAGCCAGCACCACCACCACCCCUGUUUCCACGACGGCAGCAGGUACAAGUGAACAGAGACAGAGUAAAUUAUCACCCCCAACCCCGGCACAACAGGCCAAAACCCUGCCUCCAGCUCAGCCUUCGAGUGCGAGUCCUCCAGAAGCCCAGCCUCAGCCCGCUCAGACCUCCCAGCCUUCAGCUCAGCCCCAGCCUCCAACCCAGCCCCCGUCCCCAGCGCAGCCUGAAGUCCAGACUCAACCUGAAGUUCAGACCCAGACCACCGUUGCAUCCCACGUCCCUUCUGAAGCACAACCCACCCAAGCGCAGCCAUCCAAACCCCAAGUCGCAGCACAGUGUCAGCCCCAGAGUAAUGCCCAGGGACAGUCUCCUGCUCGCGUCCAGAGUCCACCACAGACUCGAAUACGUCCGUCAACUCCAUCCCAAGUGUCUCCCGGACAGCAGGCCCAGGUUCAGACCGCAACCUCACAACCGAUUCCCAUUCAGCCACAUACAUCUCUUCAGAUACCUGCCCAGGGCCCGCCACAGUCACAGCCCCAGGUGGUGAUGAAGCAUAAUGCUGUGAUAGAACAUUUAAAACAGAAAAAGACCAUGACUCCAGCUGAAAGAGAAGAGAAUCAAAGAAUGAUUGUCUGUAACCAGGUGAUGAAGUAUAUUUUGGAUAAGAUAGAUAAAGAAGAAAAACAGGCAGCAAAAAAACGUAAGCGAGAAGAGAGUGUGGAACAGAAACGUAGCAAACAGAAUGCCAGCAAGCUCUCUGCACUGCUCUUCAAACACAAAGAGCAACUCAAAGCCGAAAUACUGAAAAAGAGGGCACUGCUGGACAAAGAUCUACAAAUUGAAGUACAGGAAGAGCUCAAGAGGGAUCUGAAAAUUAAGAAGGAGAAAGAGCUGGUGCAGGCCACCGCAGUAGCUGCCACCUCCCCCGCAGCACCGCCUGCCCCUCCCGCCCCCCCACCUUCGCCUCCACCUCCGCCCCCUCCCCAGCACUCGGGCCCCCUGGCCACAGCCACGGCCACAGCCACGCUGCCUGUGGCUUCCCAGAAAAGGAAGCGAGAAGAGGAAAGAGACUCGAGCUCCAGAUCCAAGAAAAAGAAAAUGAUCUCUACUACCUCAAAGGAAACGAAGAAGGACACAAAGCUUUACUGUAUCUGUAAAACGCCUUACGAUGAAUCUAAAUUUUAUAUUGGCUGCGAUCGGUGUCAGAAUUGGUACCAUGGGCGCUGCGUUGGCAUCUUGCAAAGUGAGGCAGAGCUCAUUGACGAGUAUGUCUGUCCACAGUGCCAGUCAACAGAGGAUGCCAUGACAGUGCUCACGCCGCUGACGGAGAAAGAUUAUGAGGGUUUGAAAAGGGUGCUGCGUUCUUUACAGGCCCAUAAGAUGGCAUGGCCUUUCCUGGAACCGGUGGAUCCUAAUGAUGCACCAGAUUACUAUGGUGUCAUCAAGGAACCGAUGGACCUUGCCACUAUGGAAGAAAGAGUACAAAGAAGAUAUUAUGAAAAGCUGACGGAAUUUGUAGCAGAUAUGACCAAAAUUUUUGAUAAUUGUCGUUACUACAAUCCCAGUGACUCCCCUUUUUACCAAUGUGCAGAAGUUCUUGAAUCAUUCUUUGUACAGAAAUUGAAAGGAUUCAAGGCUAGCAGGUCUCAUAACAACAAACUGCAAUCUACAGCUUCUUAAAGUUCAGCGUGUUAACCUAACAUAAAACACAGCAAGAAUCUGGUUGUCUGAACUAUUUUAAAUUAAGGAGCCAGAUGUUUUUAGUCAGGUUAUCCUGACAAGACUUGACCUAAACUUCGUUUUUAUUGGUCAUAACAGUCCAAUUAUAUUCUUGGCCAAUUUUGUCCAACGGACAAGGGAAAAGCAAAGUCAACGACACCAUUAUCUUGUCAAGAUCAAAUGGUUUUACUAUUGUGGCAGAAGCGGGAAAACUUUGUUUAUUGGAAAAAAAAAAAAAAAAAGAAAGCAAGCAAGAAUAAAAGAUAAUAUGGGGUCAAGUGUAACUCCAUGGAAAUGCCACGUCUGCUCUUCAGUGAAGAAGCUGGUUUAGAGUCUCACAGAAAACUUUCAACUGUAUUUAUUUAUUGUUGCAAAAAAGACGCUUUUUUAUUGCUGCCCUCAUUUGUCAGCUAAUUAUUUUUUCUUAUAAAAUCCAGCCCCGGUUACAUGUAAUCCAUUCUGUAUCUUAUCAUGAUUCCUGUAGGUAAAAGUACAAGACGACCUCUAGAUGUCUUUUCUUUCUAUGAAAGGAGCUGCUAUGUACACAUGUGCACACACACACACACACACAACUGGGAAUCAACAAUGAGUUUAUUGUUCAUGGUAGAUAAAAAUUAAGCUUGCAUAAAGGUUGGGCUAAGUGGUCCUGGACUACAGACUCUGUUGCCUUGAAUAUAACAAUACAAUUUGUCAUUUACUCUGCACCAGGCUAAAAUGAGUAAAAUCUAUUUGAAGGUAUCUUGUUUGUAAACAUUUGUCAGAUUCUAAUUUUUUUUUUCUUUUUGUAUUAAAAUUCAACUAUGGAUGUAUAUGAAACAAAAUAAAUGGAGAUAAUUUCUCUCCCACAGAUGGUGUCUCUGAAUGUCCGCUGGUGAUUAUCUGUAAGCCUUUACGGGGAAAGGGAGGGCUGCAAGGUUAAAAAACAAAAAACAAAGCUGGUGGCAGGAUCUGAUUGUACCUGGAUUUCUCCAGGGUAGUACUGGUCCUUCGUCUUAUCAUUCCCAGCCCACUGUUAAUCACGUCAAAGAAAAAUCUACAGGGGUGCUAAUCCUGUUGCAUCAGUCGAUCAGAUUCAUAGAAAAAGGUAAUGCGACAAAAUACACAUUGCCUUUAUCUGUACGUUGGAAAAUGCCAGGCAGAUUAUCAGUUACAGACUGCUACUUAUUUUGUGUGAAGGGCAUUUUUUUUUUUUUUUUAAGACAACUUCAUCCUUUUUGUAUUUGUUUGUUGAUUAUUUAGGGUUUUUUCCCACAUGAGGAAAAGUAGUAUGAGCAGUAGGGAAAGAAAUGGAAACAGCAGAGGAAGGUACCUUUUGCAUGAUUUUCCUUUCCGUGUUCUAACCUUACACGUUGUAUUUCUACAUUGUACUAAGAGCUUCUAUAAGAUCUGCCAUAGUUGGCUUAUGCAGCUUUGCAAAGAUUUUACUAGAUUUUGCACUAAUUCUUACUAGCUUUGUCCUACCAAGUUCUGGAAUUGAUCUAAUUAUUGUUUUUUAAAAGUUUCCUUUUGUUUACUAUCACCCUGCUAUGCAAAACCUUUCCCAGACCUUAGUUUCGUAAAAGAAAGACGUUGCUACAGUUCCCGAUUCUUUCUUAUUACAGGCUCAGGUGUACAAGUUAUUCUGGGUUUAAUUUUAUCUAAUGAAGCCCAUUCCUUUUGUACAUAAAUGUCACUUAAACCUAUGCUUACAAACUAAAGAGACUAAUUGCUCAAUAUUGAAAACAUGGAAAUCAAGUUUUUGCUUAAAAUAUUAACAUGGAAGUAGUCAUAUAGGUUACUUUGUCCUUUUACUUUUUAAAAAAUGUUACAUAUUGUAUGCACUGUGCUGAUGCAAGAAUCCUACGUUUAAAUGAAUUAUAAAAUUAUUCUGCAUCUCAUCACGUCACAGUAUUUCUGUACUAUUUAUUCAUAUAUGUAGAUAUAGAUAUAUAUGGGCUUAAUCAUUUAAAACUUGUUGCGGCAAGAACUUUCCUACCUGUAGGCAACAGAUUGCUAUGUUUUUAACAGAUUGUGGCAAAUUUAAACAGCAAUUCUUUUUGUACGUAAUAGGACAUUUCAUCCUAGAAAAAAUAAAGUAAUGUUUUUGACAUUG